UGAGAGAUGGGCUAUGUUAUGUGAAGGUUCCCAACGUGUCGAUGAACAUUCAUUUUGCACUAUCUGAUAUCCCAGAGACGUAGAUGAAUUGUUGCUGACACCAGUGUUGCAAAAUGAUUUUGAGAGGUUGAGCCAGAGCCUCAGAAAAAUCGUCACGUGACCGCAACAGCGUUCAAAAAAGGCGCACUGAAAAGCAACGGCAAUGAAAAGUCAAAGCUAGACCAGCAGACAUUAGGAUCUGGGGAGAGAGCGAGCAAGGCUAUCGAUUUUAAAGCGAACCAAGUCAAAUAAGAUAUCUUCCAGCACCUUGAGAGCUAACGAACAACAAAAUAUCCCGCCGACAUGGCCUCCGAUGCUAGUCAUAUGUUGGCGGCAGCACUAGAGCAAAUGGAUGACAUUAUCGCUGGCUCCAGGGCGCUGGUUCCUCUGGGGGAGUUCAGUAAUGCUCUGGUGGAACUGCCGGGGGCCUCCAUGGCCUUCUCUGCCCGUCUGCGAGUGCUCCAGCUGGCCGAGGAGCUGCGGGAUGUGCUGGAGCUGCAGUACAGCCCGGAGGAGGCCGACGCGCUGAGGAGGCAGAUCCCCGCCGACACGGCACGCGCGUUGCUGCGGUGGCUCGGCCAUGGACUUGCUGUGAACCUGCAGUCGUUGGGGAACAAUGAGAACUAUCAAGAACGCCUGACUCGAUUAGAAGGGGACAAAGAGUCACUCGUUCUCCAGGUGAGUGUGUUGACUGACCAAGUGGAAGCCCAGGGGGAGAAGAUUCGGGACCUGGAGAGCUCCCUGGAGGAGCACCAACACAAGCUCAACAACACGGAGGAGAUGUUGCAACAGGAGCUCUUGAGCAGGACCUCUUUGGAGACCCAGAAAUUGGAUCUGAUGGAUGAGGUGUCCUACCUGAAACUGAAGCUUGCCGGAAUGGAGAAACAGAACCACAGUGUAGAACGUCAACACAAAGCUGAGAGUGUAGUGAAUCUGAUUAGUGAGCUCCAGGAGCAGAUGUGUAGGAUCCAGCAGGAGCUCACCGAUAAAGCGCGGGGGAAGAAAGACCCCGCGGCUGAGAGGCCACCUGAUGGGGAGGGCCAUGGCGGUGGCGGCGGCGGCGGUAUCCCAGCUGAGGCCCCUGCCGGUGGGGCGGAGGAGGAGGCCAGCAGUGCCAGCGUGGCUCCCAGUCCUGGAGCUCCAGACACGGAGCAGAGUGGCCUGCUGACCGAACUGAGGCUUCUGAAGGACAAGGUGGACGAACUGGAGGACGAGAAGCUUCAGUAUGAGAGGAAGCUCAAAGCUACCAAGGUGGAGAUCUCAAACCUCCAGCAACUCCUCAUGUGCAAGAACACAGAGAUUGAGACCCUGCAGGCUCAACUCCUGGCCAGGUCCCCCGUGUCCAUGGACAGCGCAGAGAGAGAGGAAAUAUACAGGAGAAGACUCAACAACAAACACCAGGAGUUGCAGCGGUUAAGAUCAGGAAUGGAGUCACUGCUUGCAGCAAACGAUGAAAAGGAUAGGCGAAUCGAGGAGCUUACCAUCCUGUUGAGCCAGUGCAGACAGUUCCGAGACACUUCAGCCAGUGUACCAGGCAAUGGAGAAAGCGUACAGCCUCGGUCACUGCCUUUGUUUUGUCCUGUUGAUGGUCCAGUGUCCAGAGAGCGAGCUCUGACCGGCUGCAGUGAGGACGGGCGCAUGAACGGGGAUGUGAGGAUGAGGGCGCUCUCCCUGAAAACCCACUCAGAGUCCUCCAGUGGGUCCUCUCCCAUUCUCACGUCUCCUCUGGCCAGUCAAAGAGAAGCGGAAUCCAGGUCUCAACCGAGACUGAUGUCGUCUAGUAUGGAAGAUUUGCAGAGCGGGCUUGGGAAGGUACAAGUAACUGGAGCAUCAGUAGAACCUGUAGUGUCAGCUGAGGUUCGACCAGCAGACAACAAGAGCCAGACGUUGCCAGGGAAACUGUCUCUGGUGGAGCAGAACAGAGAGAGUGAAGGCAGUGACACUUCAGCUCAGAAGUCACCGGAAGAGAGCGAGGAUGGAGACUUCAGCCUAAGGAAAGGUGAGAAAAUGGAGGAGACGACAUCCUCGGACGUCUCGCCCAUGUCCUCAGGGGCAGACUCGGGACAGCAGUCCCCUGUGUCCCAGGAAAAUGUCAAGAACACCAAAAGUAUCCGAAAAAUAUGGGGAAAAAUUAGGAGGACGCAGUCGGGGGGCCUGAAUGGGGUUGACCUGGAGCCGUCGGAGUUCCGCAGGGGAGGACUGCGAGCCACGGCCGGCCCUCGCCUGGCCCGCACUCCUGACUCGGGCAGCUCAGUCCGGGACAAAAACACACCCUUUGCGAAGUGGACCAAAGAGCAAGUGUGUGGUUGGCUAGAGGAGUAUGGUCUGGGCCACUAUGUGAACCUCACCAGGCAGUGGGUAGAGAGUGGACAGACCCUCCUCUCCGCCACCCCUCAGGACAUGGAGAAGGAGAUGGGCAUUAAGCACCCACUGCACAGGAAGAAGCUCCAGCUGGCUAUAAGGUCCUUCAGCAACAAAACCAUGGAGAAGUCCUCCGAACUGGACCAUAUCUGGGUCACAAGGUGGCUGGAUGACAUUGGCUUGCCUCAGUAUAAAGACCAGUUCCAUGAAGCUCGCGUGGAUGGCAGGAUGCUUCAGUACCUGACAGUGAACGACCUUCUGUUCCUGAAAGUCACUAGUCAGCUCCAUCACCUCAGCAUCAAGUGUGCCAUCCACGUGCUCCAUGCCAACAAGUUCAACCCCCACUGCCUGAGGCGCAGACCGGGCGACGAGAACAAGGCCUCUCCCUCGGAGGUGGUGCAGUGGUCCAACCACCGUGUGAUGGAGUGGCUGCGCUCAGUGGACCUGGCUGAAUAUGCGCCCAAUCUGAGGGGCAGUGGUGUCCAUGGAGGCCUCAUUAUCCUGGAGCCGCGCUUCAGCUCGGACACCUUGGCCAUGCUGCUCAACAUCCCCCCGCAGAAGACGCUGCUGCGGCGCCACCUGACCACCAACUUCUCCGCUCUGGUGGGGGCGCAGGCCCAGCAGGAGAAGAGGGAAUACGCCAACGCCACGGGGCAUACGCCUCUCACCACCACAGCCAAAGUCAGGCCAAAGAAGCUGGGUUUUACGCACUUCAGUCACCUGCGUAAGAGGCGACCGGACGACUCGGCGGACUACAUCUGCCCCAUAGACACCAGCUCCCCCUCCUCUCUCAACGGUUCCCCCCUCAGGCCCUACGCCGGCCUCAGGGGACUCAGCCCUGUGCUGGACAGAGACUCGGACCGGAUGGAGCAGGAGUGCACUGAAGAAAUCAGUUGUAUCAGUUCAGCGGGUGAGGAGGAGGCCAAGUGUAGAGAAACACGACUGUGAUCCAUAUGGGACCCUGGAGCAGACAAAGGUUGAAUCAGAAGCAGAAGGUAUAUUCAGUAUGACUGUAACACCAAAUAAGCAAGAGAUCAAUAGAAAAACUGAUCAGCAAUUUCAGACCUCCUCUGAUACAGUGAUGAGGACUAAAUCACUCUGUGUAUUCGGCAUUUGUACCACUCUUCAUUGCUGCCCUCUGCUGUCCAAUAGAAGAAUAACAUUAAAGUGUUUACACAGAAUGAACCCAUGCAUGUGAGAGAUACUAAAAUAAUAAUGAUUAUACAUGUCGGAAAAUGAUCAUAGUCCUAGUCAAAAAGCCAUACAUGGGACAUAAACCCAUCACUUCAUUACAAUUUACUUUUUUGUCCAUUCAACUAUCCAGCUGUCAGUGCCAAGGACUCAAUGUUUCCAGUGGAGACUAUUCAUUUGUUUUGACAUGGCCAUAAAUUUGUGUUAUGUGGAUAGAAAAAAAUGAUUUGUCAGUUUAAGCCACUGAGAACAAGAGCAGUGUCCUGCUCAUCUGUAGGCUGACUGCAUAUAAGAACUCUGGUGUUAGCCUUGAGGGUUGGUGUAAGUGUUCGCUCUUGAAUUUCCCACCUAAUUUCCAUGAAAUUUGAUAAGGUUGGUCCUACAGUUUAUGUUAAGCCAACCCUCUUCAUGUAAAUUACUGUUAAAGUGAGGACUGAAUAAAUAUCCUCUUAAAAGAGCUAUGCA